AUGUCUAAGCAACAACCAAUUCAGUUUAUAAAUCCAGAAGUUCCUGGCUAUGUCGGAUUUGCGAAUCUUCCCAAUCAAGUUCACCAAAAAUCAGUGAAAAAAGGUUUUGAGUUCACACUAAUGUUGGUCGGUGAAUGGGGUCUAGGAAAAUCAACUCUCAUAAACAGCCUAUUCCUGACUGAUCUCCACCCAGAAAGAAUCAUACCUGGAGCCGCAGAGAAAAUUGAAAGAACUGUCCAGAUUGAGGCUUCGACUGUGGACAUGGAGGAGCGAGGGGUCAAGCUGCGCUUGACAGUGGUGGACACGCCUGGCGACGGGGAUGCCAUCAACUGCAGGGACUGUUUCAAGACCAUCAUCUCCUACACUGACGAGCAGUUUGAACGGUACCUGCAGGACGAGAGUGGUUUGAACCGGCGGCACAUCAUCGAUAACAGGGUGCACUGCUGCUUUUACUUCAUCUCCCCCUUUGGACAUGGACUUAAGCCCUCAGACGUCGCAUUCAUGAAAGCAAUACACAAUAAGGAGAACAUCGUGCCCGUCAUUGCCAAAGCUGACACCCUCACCCUGAAGGAGCAGGAGCGCUUGAAGAAAAGAACUGAUGAAACUGAAGAACGUAACAUCAAAAUCUACCACUUACCUGAUGCAGAAUCAGAUGAAGGUGAGGACUUUAAAGAGCAGACCAGACUUCUCAAGGCCAGUAUCCCGUUCUCUGUGGUUGGAUCCAAUCAGCUGAUUGAAGCCAAGGGCAAGAAGGUCAGAGGCCGCCUGUACCCGUGGGGUGUUGUGGAGGUGGAGAGCCCGGAGCACAACGACUUCCUGAAGCUGCGGACAACGCUCAUCACCCACAUGCAGGAUCUCCAGGAGGUGACCCAGGACCUUCACUACGAAAACUUCCCUUCUGAGAGGCUCAAAAGAGGCGGCAGAAAAGUAGAAAAUGAGGCCAUGAAUAAAGACCAGAUCCUGCUGGAGAAGGAAGCAGAGCUCCGCCGCAUGCAGGAGAUGAUCGCAAGGAUGCAGGCUCAGCUGCAGCUGCAGAUGCAGGGUGGGGAUGCUGACGGUGGGGUCCACGGGCACCACGUGUAAGGUAACGAAGACACUUA